CUUUGUCAAACGAGGUGGGAGAUGUUUGAUUGCAGAAGCCAAUGCAUACCUCGGGUUUUCAGCAGGAAACACACCAAAAACCGCUGUCUUGCCGCGCGUUUGAUGGGGAACCCGCUGCAUUCCUUGCGGCAAGUGUGGUAAACGGGCGACCAUCAGUUUUUUUUUUUAACUUUGGGAAUAGUUGAACACUGUUCUGUGUCGUACCGACCUUUUGGCAAUAUAUUUGCACCUACCAAGUUUGUAUGAUUUAUGAUCCAUUGCAUUGAUUGCUUUUAACCGCUUAAUUAGUUAAAAUCGACCACACAUUUCCAGCGGAAAGGAUGGCGAAUGAACGAGUGGAAAUUUACAUUUCUGUGGUGAAAGGCCGGCAAAUAUUAAUGGCCUGUUCUGUACUGUUGAUUGUACUGGGCUUAAUUGUACUGGGACAUGAAAUUGCGGUGUGUGUACUGACGCAGAAGAACCUGAGUCCACCGAGCGCCGCACAAAUCAUCGGCACCAUCGGUGCCGGACUUUCGAUUAUCGCCGGCAUCGUCACCUUUUUACCGGCGCGACUGGGCAGUCCCCUGGUGACCCUGAGGCGCAACUUCAUCCUGGCCACUGCGGCUAAUCUAGUGGCUGCCGUGCUGCUGAUCGUGUCCUGGGUGCUCUUUGGACCGUUCGUGUGGAACAUUUGGACGGAGGCCAAUCAGUUCACGAAUGCGCCGCGGAUGCGCGGCCAGCGUUACCUUAACAUGGGUGUGGAGCAAAACUGGCAAGAGUACCCCACCUACAAUCCGCUGUCGUUCAGAUUCGAACAAGACUUUUUCUACAACAUCCGCCUCAUCGCCAUACUCAAGCUUGUCGCUCUGCUUGCCGAAUUACUGUUGGCCGCUGCCGCUGUACUUGCCAUGUUGCUGAGCCUGGUCAACGUCUUCAGUCUACGUUCAUCGCACAUACCACUCGCGGGCCAAGAAGUAGUUCAUGUCCAGAGUCGAGGCGGAAAAAACGAAGUCUAUUACGAAAAUACUCGCCGGCUAAAAUAGAUGGGCUAAAUUUCCAGUUUAUAAUUCCUUCUCCCUAUAACUGUUAUUGUGUGUUUUAGCGACUGUCUGUGUUAAUUGUGAUUUAUAUACUUACCUGCAUUUUGUUGUGAGUUUUGUUAUUGUCAUUUAUUCCUUCUGUUUAUAUUUACAUGGGCUCAUGUUAUCGAUUACCAAUUAUAGUUGACAUUUUUUGUUAGCUGAGUGAUAAUUAAGAAUGCGAUAAAGCAAAGAUUAGGUUCUGGUA